CGGCCACAGGACUUGACAUAUGGAGUAAAUACCACAGACUGUUGGAGGCGCUUGGACCACUGGUGCUGUGGAUAUCACUGGAGAGUUUUCAGUGCGCGGACACUGAUCUACACAGGGACUCUUCGACAAUACGAUGCGCGCGUUGUUUUAGGAACGAGGAAGCAUCCGAUUUUUAACAGGUACCAGUUAACGUUACAGGAAGGAAAAAAGAGACAAAUACGAAACAGGUUUUCGGCCUCACGAGCGCGCUGUUUUAGGUUUAAGUUGCAGAUCAAAUCCUGGAUAAUCUUCACCAGAGACGCAAAAAACGGACACAGAAGUUGCGCUUGGGGUGUUUUUGUAGUUUUCUUAAUAUGUUUGCAAUUAGCGCUUGGUUUUUUGCUGUCGAAACGGAAAUCUAACAUUUCAAUGACAUUGAACAGUGUGCCUUGUUUUUAAAUUCAUUUUAUAGCCUCGCACUGCAGUCGCCCAUCGUUACUUUGAUCUUUCCACAUGCUAUAAAAUAAGAUCAAUAUCGACACAUGUUUCAGAGCAGCUUCAUGUAGAUAAAGGGAAGAUAAGGUGCCGUAUUUCCUAGAGAUAGUAUUCUGGCUGUUUAUGUGUACCCUGGCGGUCGCUAUCUGAAAUCUGACCGGUAGCCUAUAAGUCAAGCAUCACCGCUCAAUAUCGAGGACUGGACAUCUCAAUUACCAAAAUGACGGAUGGACCGAGACAAAGAGGCAGCGCAGCCCCGAGCACCGCCAGCGAGGAUGGAGCAGCAGCAGACACGGGCAAAGGAGCAGGGCAGUCAGUGGCGCUGAAGAAAGAGAUCGGCCUCGUCAGUGCGUGCGGCAUUAUUGUCGGUAACAUCAUUGGCUCUGGAAUCUUUGUCAGCCCAAAGGGUGUGUUGGAAAAUGCCAGUUCAGUAGGCCUGGCCCUCAUCGUAUGGAUUCUAACAGGCAUUAUAACAGCGAUUGGUGCACUCUGCUAUGCUGAGCUGGGCGUUACUAUACCCAAAUCUGGAGGCGACUACUCUUAUGUCAAGGACAUCUUCGGAGGACUGGCAGGGUUUCUGCGGUUGUGGAUUGCCGUGUUGGUAAUAUACCCCACUAAUCAGGCGGUCAUUGCUCUCACCUUCUCCAACUACGUCCUGCAGCCUCUAUUCCCCACCUGCUUCCCCCCUGAGAACGGUCUGCGACUGCUCGCUGCCAUCUGCUUGUUGCUGCUGACUUGGGUGAAUUGUUCCAGCGUGCGCUGGGCUACAAGAGUACAGGAUGUCUUCACUGCAGGGAAACUUUUGGCACUCAUUCUCAUCAUCAUCAUGGGCAUCGUACAAAUCUGCAAGGGCGAGUAUUACUGGUUGGAGCCGGCCAAUGCUUUCGAGCCGUUUCAAGACUAUGAUGUUGGUCUGAUCGCUCUGGCAUUUCUACAGGGGUCCUUCGCCUACGGUGGCUGGAAUUUCCUCAAUUAUGUCACAGAGGAACUGGUCGACCCUUAUGUGAACCUCCCCCGUGCUAUCUUCAUCUCCAUUCCCCUUGUGACCUUCGUGUACGUCUUUGCUAACAUCGCCUACGUCACCGCCAUGAGCCCUCAGGAGCUGCUGGCAUCUAAUGCUGUAGCUGUGACGUUUGGUGAGAAGCUGUUGGGGGUGAUGUCAUGGAUCAUGCCCAUCUCUGUGGCCUUGUCCACAUUUGGGGGGGUCAACGGCUCCCUGUUCACCUCCUCUCGGUUGUUUUUCGCGGGUGCUCGUGAAGGCCAUCUGCCUAGUCUGCUGGCAAUGAUUCAUGUCAAGCGCUGCACUCCUAUUCCAGCCCUGCUCUUCACUUGCCUCUCAACACUUCUGAUGCUGUGCACCAGUGACAUGUACACACUCAUCAACUAUGUGGGUUUCAUCAACUACCUCUUCUACGGUGUCACUGUUGCUGGGCAGAUUGUGCUGCGGAUUAAACAACCAGAUAUGCACCGACCAAUUAAAGUCAGUCUGGUGUGGCCCGUGAUCUACCUUCUCUUCUGGGCCUUCCUGCUGAUCUUCUCUCUGUACUCGGAGCCUGUAGUUUGUGGAAUUGGCUUGGCCAUCAUGCUUACUGGAGUCCCUGUCUAUUUCUUGGGCGUUUACUGGGACAACAAGCCCCAAUGUUUCAAUACAUUUGUUGACAAGAUGACAUACCUGGGCCAGAAAUUCUGUGUGGUGGUGUAUCCAAUGGAGGAAGUGAAGAAAACCGAUGAGUCUGCAGAGGGGAUUGAGUUGAAGGAGCAGACGGCUCCACUGUCAGCAGAGGGCGAGGAGAUGCCCAAAUCAGCCGACUGCUGAAGAGACACACUCAUUCACACAUAUUCAGACAGACACUGGGAAUCAAACUCAGAUUGUUCACAUACCUCUAUAGUUUGCCUUUUGUAUAAAGAGGGGGUUGCACUGGGGGUGAAGCUCAGGAGAGAGUCAUGAACAGAGACCAGCUGCUCCUCGAUCUCUGUUCGCUGGUCUCUUAGCAGCUGCUUUCUACUCCAUUGGCUGUGCAACAGAAUUACAACAUUAAAAUGUGGGAUAAGGAAAAGCUCUACAAUGUAUAAUCUAAAAACACAGGUUUUGGGAUAAAAGAAACACCUUUCUGGACAUUCCGUAAGACAGGAGAGUUACAGAUCAUGCCAAACUACACCAUGGCUUUGCCUGAAACGCCAGGGCUUAUUUUAUUUAUUUAUUUAUUAUUAAGUACAUUCUAAUGUUAUAAUUCUUUCCCCCUCUUUAUUUAUAUAUUUUUUUUCAUACGACUCAUGAUUUUUUUAACAAGCCAAAGCUGUAUUAUUAAUUUGCAAAUUUCUCAUUUCAAGUGUAUUUCAUCACACCAAAACACUCUGUUUUUAUAUUUUGAUAUAUUUUUAAUUGUAAUAGUUUGAUCAUAUUCCGUUGUCGUUAUAGAGUUGUUGUUUUUUUAGAUUUUCCUGUUUUCUUUACUCUGGGAUCUCUUAUUUUUAAUCAUCAUGUUUUUAAGGCAUAUACAUAAGAACCAAUUGUGAUGGUUCAGAGUAGUUUUCUAUCAUGUUACUCUGGUACUGAUACAAUUCAACCUCUUUUAUUUGCCUUGUAGCUUUUACUUAAAUGUAAAAAGUUUUUAAAGAGUAUUUUUCUUUCUGAUAUUUUUGAAGGUUAAAAGUGAAAAUGAAAACUUUGAAGUUGCCAUCGUGAAAUCGGCUGUAGUAAACAGUGUCUUCAUUCUGUGGACAGAAUUUUGCUUCUUAUUUCACCGGCUUUACAGCCAGCCAUAACCCCAAAGUUCACCUUUCACGCAUCUUAAUUAUUUCUAAAUUUUAUACACAGAUGUAGAUUCAAAAUUGCACAGUGGUUUGGUUAUAUAUGUGAAGAAACAAAAAAACAGUGGUGCAAAGUAAGUGUAUGUGAUGUAUCUGAAAGCCUAAAAUAUAAUAGCUUCGGGAUGAUCAUUUAUUUUGUAAAUAUUCAACAAACUUUAAAUCAACUGACAUUGUAAAAUCGUGUCAUAUUAAUGCAUAAAAUAUAUGAUAAUUGUGUGGAUGGCAUGUAGACAUUAAUGUAGCUGCAAUAGAAGGGACUGAAUCAGUUGAUCAAAACUAACAAACCUAUGAUUUACUCGUAGGAUGAUUAAAGGUAAUACUAAACAAUAAAACGACACACCAAAAUGAAGAAAGAGUCUUACAGGGAAUUGAUUUUCUAAAAAAAUAAAAUAAAAAAAAGCUAAUAAUUAUAUUGAUGUGCUCAGUCAGAUCAAGUGUGUGUCAAGGCAAGGAUUGUAGUGGUCACGGAGUGUUUUUGUAUUUCAUUUUGGUGCCUCUGUGUUCAUGUCAAAUCUUUAUCCACUUGUGAAGACUAUGGAAAAGUGCCAGUUCUUCGUUUCAUCUUAUGCUAAUUUGUAACGUGUAGGCGCUGUAUAAAAAGCAAUAUGUUGUAUAAAUCACGGUGUAAUUCACUGCACAUCCAUUUUACGUGAGAAGCCCCCCAACCAUCCACAUUCCUUUGACACUACUAGUAUAAAGUCUACAAUCUUCGCACUUACACAAUAAACACUGCCUUUUGAGGUUCCUCUGUCGUGGUCAGGCGUCGACGAGGCCUGUCGUUAUCAAUUCACCACAGACUGACUGACCAAAGGUGUGCUUUGAACAUCUUUGGUCGUUGUAAUGCUGCUCCUGAGCUGUGCCUCAGUAUCCAGCACUGCCUACCGUGUGCUAAACACAAACACAAUGUAGAUUUUAUAUAUAAAUAUAAACAUACGACUCUGAUUGUGCUGCAAUUUUAAGCUUUCAUAUCCACUGGCAAUUGCAAAAGCCUUGCUAAACGAAUUCUGGUUGAUUUUCACCAUCGAUAACAAAUGAUUGAUGUCAAUAUUUUGAAUGUCACAACUGUAUAAAUUAACAAGAGAAAGACUUUUACAGACUGUAUUAAGAUGUAACUUACAGUCUGAGGCGAUAAAGCUCUGUUUGCCACUUACACGGAACAGGGGGGUGAACGAUUUGUAUCAGAGUCUUCUUGUUUGUUAUAGUUUUUUGUAUUUGUUUGAACAGUAUAUAUAUUAAAAAAUGAAUAAAUCUAUAUGCUGAACUCA